AUGAGCUUGAAAGAAGUAUUCGAACAACAUCCAUGGAGGUCAUUUAAGAAGUUCAAUGAAGCUGCAAAGAGUCGGGGAUUUACUAACAGAGCUGAAGUGAAAAGGUUCUUUGACAAAAAUGUUGUACAUCAAACAAAAAUAAACCCUUACGACUACUUUUUACCAAUUUACUCCAACACUCCUGACGCAUACCAAUUUGACACUCUCAUUCAAAGCAGAAAAGGAGGACAUAAACCAUUCCUCAUCUUCAUAAAUGUUAACACUCGUAAAGCAUAUGCAUAUCCAAUGAAAAAUAAAGGAACUCGUGAAGUGUUAAGAGUUUUACAAAAGUUUGUAGCAGAACAUA